ACCACGACCAGGUGGGGGGUUUACAGGAAAGAACGGUGCUGGUAGGGGUUGUUGAAUGAUUACCGGAGGACGGACGACGUCGGAACGCACUCCGUCGCUGACACCACGACGAGUAAACGGAUGUCCAAGUGACGACUCCGAGUGUUCACCGCGCCGAAACCCACGAGGAAACUGUGCGCGAAGUGACAACCGAACUUCGACUUACGAAUUAACCGAACCGACGACUUAACGAAAAGGACAUUAGCUUCCACGAACUUGCAAGGAAAGAAGCUUGUCAGAGAAACGAACGAAUCGUUUCGCGGAGGCGGAAACGAAUACGAGAAAGACGUCGAACGAAAAAAGAGAAAAGUAGGAUGCUUUUCCCUAACAUGAUCUACGCCUUGGCGAUUAAUGCUUUCUGUAUGGUGUGUUGUCGAGCGGUACCAUUAAUCGACUUAACAAACACACUGGAACAGGAUUCUGUAGUGACGUCCGCGUGCACAUCGAACGAAGGCUGCUGGGAAUGGUUCCCACUGGAGAAGAUUCCCGAGGACCUUGCUACCAUACCCGAGACAAAAAUGGACAUCCGGCGAGAAGCAAUGAGCUUAGAUUCGAAUACGAUGGAAGAAUGGACUGGCGAUUUACCAGUGUUGACCAAACAGAUUCACCAAUCGCCGAUGACUAACAAGCACGGCGGGAAUAGAUUGUCAAAGAAGGAUGGUGUUAUGUCUCGUAACUGGAGCGCCGGUGGCAUGCCCUUUUCUGUACUCUACAUGAAUCCACAUAGUCCACGUGGGAACCAUGCCAGUAAGGAAUUAUGAAAUAAACGUGAAAGAACGAUUAUUGCACGGUA